AUGGAUAAGAAGUCCUCGGAUAGCUUGUCGGACAAGAUAACGGCAGAUUUCGACGAGGACUUGUACACAGCUGUGUGGAUGGCCAUAAUAGCAAGGCGACAUCUGAUGGUAUCGUCUCCAGAUAUAGUCAGAACACAGACAGAGAUUGAAGGAAUAAUACGAAGCACGUGGAAUGCGCAAGACGUCUUGACAAUACGAUGUGACUCUUCAACCACAUUUGAAUCGCUCUGCUCCCUGCUAAUAAACCCUACUAAGGAAGAUGCCGUUCGCUCAGUCGCACUAGUGACGGGACUGGAACAGACCACCGAAGAGACUCAGAUUCAAAUGGCAGAGAUGUUAAGAACGGAACAGUUCGUGUUGGAAAAUAGACACUUCAAGGCCCCACAUGACCUGUUCACAAUCAUAGCUGUUAUAGAGGCAAGGAACAACAGAGAGACUGAGCUGGCGAAGCCACUAAUGCAGAGACUAUGGUUCAGACAACCACACGUCCCGGUCGAGCUGGGUGGUGAUUCCUCAUUGACUUCUGGAUCUUCCAGUGGGUUUUCGAUGGGCCGUGGAACCGUUUUGUCAGAGUCAGCACUGCUGGAAAAAGUACUACUUAUGAGGAAGAAAGUUUCCAGCGUCACGAUUGUUCCAGAAAUACGAAGAUAUCUCUAUGACAUUAUUGUAUACACUCGGCUGCACCGGAUGGUUGUUGGAGGAGUUGCAACUUUUGUGAUUCGGGAUCUGGAGGAAUUCAUGAGAGCUAUCUGUGUGGUGAAUGACUAUGAGUACUGCAUACCCUCAGUCGUAAAGAUAGCCGUUAGGAAGCUUCUUCCAAUGAGAAUCCAGGUGUUGCAAAAAGCAGAAAACGAGCCAACUCUACAAUGGGGUAGCGAUAUCCGAUUGGUCCAAGAGAUGAUCAUGCGUUGGAAUGCGGAUUUCAUAGUGGAGGAUGUGUUAAAUCACGUCCAGCCACCGAUAUAG